AUGUAUACACCAUCACUCUUCUCGCUGGCGCUCCUCGCCUCAAGCGUCACUGCAUCGAUCACUGACGCCCCAGCGACAAAUAAUACUGCCUCGGUAGCUGCUGCUAGCACCUCUGGUAUGACGUUAUCCCAAGCGAUCGUAGCUAAUAACGAAACUCUAUCUACUCUUUCCAUGCUUCUCGGACAACAGCCCGCACUAGUAAGCGCGCUCUCCUCCAAUACUUCAUCAGGAAUCACAGUUCUGGCACCAAACAACGCGGCGUUCACGAAAUUCCUUGCGACGCCUGCAAAUAAGGCCGCAGCUGGCCAAAGCGAUGUUGUUGCUGCUGUUCUUCAAUAUCAUGUUUUGAACGGUACAUUUCCAGCCAGCAUGUUUUCAAAGGACGCAAAGUUCAUUCCAACUCUUCUGAAGAAUGAGAGCUACACCCAAGUCACAGGUGGACAGGUAGUACAGGUUGCGCUUGUUGGUUCAAAUGCUGUUGUGACUACCGGAUUAAAAGAGAAAAGUACUACAACACAGACUGAUAUCAUGUUCAAUGGAGGCGUGAUGCACAUCGUUGAUACAGUUCUUACUAUCCCUAUUUCGGCAUCCAUGUCAGCCAUCGACUCAAACCUGUUGUCUCUUGCGGGUGCUCUUAAAACUACUUCCCUCAUAGCACCAGUCGAAUCCCUCAAGGAUGUCACUAUCUUCGCUCCUUCCAAUGAAGCUUUUGAGAGAAUUGGGAACACAGCUGCUGCUCUACCUACAACGCAACUCAGUCAAAUCCUCGAAUACCACGUUCUCAACGGCACUGUCGGCUACUCCACUCUCCUCUCCACCGGGCUAGCCAAUGAAUCUUUCCCAUCGCUCAUGGGUGAAUCCCUCACUGUCACCUCAGAAGACUCCAAAAUUUUCGCCAACAGCGCCGAAGUCAUCGGUGCCGACAUCAUUGUUUCUAACGGAGUCAUGCACAUUAUUGACAACGUUCUCAACCCCUCUAACACAACUGCCGUUACAAACCCUACUGCGACUGAGCAGCCUGUUGCCUUUUCGGGCGCAACUAGUGCAGCAAUCGCGCCAUUCACCAGUGGUAUUACGGCGACAACUACAGCCCCCAGUGCCGCUACGGGCACAUCAGGAAGCGAGAAGAGGAUUGGAGGAGAUAGUUUGGGAGGUGCGGUGGCCGCGGUUGUGGGUGCUGCUAUCAUGCUUUUGUAG